UUCAGACUUAAGGAGCAUCUCUCCACAGCUUGUGGGUUACUUCACAUCACCAUGUAUAUAAACGCACCCGAAUCGUGCAAUUUCAUGUUCUUAUUUUGCUUUUUAAUAAGGAGUGGUCUGACUUUGAAGAACGAUGCUACGGAGAUUUUCUACGCUCAUGUGGUCACUCCGGUUCAGGAUGCUCAGAGCAACGCGUCCCUGAAUCGUGCGCGCUCCGGUGGAAGAGGCUUCACCGCGCAUGAGAGAGAACGAAUCCCAGUCGGUUGCAGAGAGCUGCGAUCUACAAAGUACAUCUCAGAUGGCCAGUGCACCAGCAUAAACCCAGUUAAGGAACUGGUGUGCACCGGACAGUGUCUUCCAGCUCAGAUGCUGCCCAACUGGAUCGGCGGAUACGGUAGGAAGUUCUGGAACCGCCGAAACAGUCAAGACUGGCGCUGUGUGAACGACAAGACCCGGACUCAACGGAUUCAGCUCCAGUGCCAGGAUGGCAGCACCAGGACCUACAAGAUCACAGUGGUGACUUCUUGCAAAUGCAAAAGAUACUCACGGCAGCACAACGAAUCAGGAGUCAAGGCUGAGGGAUAUGCUCAUACUCAGACAAAAAAGCAGAAGAACAAAGGAGGCACGGGGACAGAAAGCUAAAUGAGACUCAGCUCGGACUGAGAUAGAUUUUUCCUAAAGUUUUUAAAAAACUCAGCAUGAACACGAGAGCUUGUGGUGUCAGCUCACAGGAGCACUGAACUUUACCUUUGAGAGCAAGUGCAUGGCUCUGAGUUCACUGUGAAACCAGAUGUCCACUGCAGUCUUUGGAAAGAAGAGUCUAUAAAGACUAAAUCUCAUCACCAAUAUAAUCUCAAUCAACAUGCAGCCAGUAGUGAAGACCUGUCCAUAAUAACGUCAAAGAGACUGACAAUGACAACUGCAUAUUUCAUUACAAAAAUGAUUAGAAACAGGCCUGUUCCUGUUUUUGUCAUUACUUGCUGUAGUGUAUACUGUGUAUUUGUGUUCAGCGACAAUAAGAGCAGUUCUCAAACCCUGGGAAAUGCACAGCUAUGUGUAAAUUAAAUGUCUGUACAUACGCAUAUGCAUUUGUUUAUGUAAUUAAUUGUUUUGCAGGACCUUUAUGUGUAAUAUUGUGACGUAUAAGCUGAUGUAAUAUAUUUUGCCUUGACUUUGCUCUGACUUUGAAACGUUUUUAGUGUGCAAGCAUUAUUCAGACAAGAUAUUGCACUAUAGUGACAUUGUUCAUUUUGGCUAUUAUGGUGUAAAAUCAUUAAAAUUU